GCAAUGUGAGCAUUGAGUUCACAAAGGAGCAGCUUGAGGACAAGGACCUGGCACGGGAUAUUAAGAUCCAGACAGCACAGGAGAUUCUGGCUUUUGCACGCAUUCUUGCUGCUGGCCGUGGCCUGGUAGUGGUGCUGCCAUCAGAGUCAAAGCAGACAAAGUUUUUUGAUGUAUGGAAAGAGGAAGACAGCAACGGUUGGAGUCUUUGGAAGAGUAUGGAGGACAGCAGCACCAUUCUGGUUGGCACAUCCAGCACAACUGUGGCUGAUUUCCAGCGGGCAUUGAAUCAAAGCACCAGCAAACCGUUGCUGUUCUUUAUUCGUGAGAGGAGCCGGUUUGCGGAGGGCUGGGAUCCACGGGUUGACAAGGACGUGUCCGUGCUGCUUCUGUACGGCCUGCCUCGCCAGAACAUGUACAGCCCUCAGAUUGAAGCCCUUGCAGCUGCUUUUCAAGAUCAUGACCAGGCGCAGCGGCGAGCAGCAGGCAGUGGAACGGCAGCUGUCAUCAACUAUGGGGGCCGGCAGACCGUGCCAUUAUAAUUGCGAUUGGAGUUGCACAGCACAGGCAGAGCAUGCAGGCGCAUGUUCAUGCCGCAGCUGGUCCCACCAUGCAGGGUCCCGCAGGGUGGCAGGAGGUGAUGCGUGGAGCACGGGAGCACAUGCGGGCCUGGAAUUGGCUGCAUGAGUAAAGACACAGCAAUAGGCAUGUGUGCACAUAUUCAUGUCCUUGUUUUUCAGAGUUUGGGUUGUAACGGCAGGUGGGGGCACGCUGCAAGUGCAGCCUUUUCCAUGGACAUGUUCGUGGCAGGUGGUUAGCCAAUGGCAGGUGGUUAGGUAAUGGCAAGCAUGCAUGGCAUGCUGUGGUGGCUUUGACAAGCAUGCAUGGCAUGUUGUGGUGCCUGUGUCAGACAUGUGCAGCACAUAUGCAGGCAGGCAGGCCACGGCAACAACAUACUGGGACCUUGCUUGUUAACCUGUUUGCUUGUGGUGGUGUGGCUGAUUUUAGCACGGUGAUGCAGUGUAGCGUGCGUCCUACCUGACAAGCAAUGCUGGCUCAUGUAAGGACUUUGUUCAUGGUCUGGACUUGUGAUUGAUUGUCCAUGAUUGUAAUUGGUAUAUCAGAAUUCAUCUGGGCGCCAGGGUGGGGAUGUGGAUGGGGUUCAUGGGGUAGUUCAUUCCAGAGUUCAAAGUAACCAAAGCAACUGUGAGAACUGCAACCUGUGGAAGGGCAGGGCGGCCCAAGGCAGGUGGUGGGGGGCAGGGUGGGCCGGGCCGGGGUGACACGGGGCGGCGCGGGCGGCAGGGCAGGGCAGGGCGAGGUGGGGUGGGGUGGCCUCCCCUGCCCGCGGGGCAGGGAGGGGGUGGGCACGGUGGGGUCGCGUGGGCACCUUCGCAGCUGCAGCACUAGGGGACCCAUAUCAGGGGGGGCACGCCAUAUGGUACCAUAAUUAUUGAUAUGCAGUUGCACCGUCAUGUGCGGGCGGCAAACGCGGCAGCCGGAGCCCCCCGCACGGCGACAUGAGGCGCUCAAUGAACCGCAGGGCGUCCACCGCCUCGUUGUACAGCGGCGGCUUGGUGUUGGCGUCCGCCGUGGCGGCGGCCUCGCCGGAUUUGUCAAACCCGCAUUCUCCCAGGUCGACACCGGUGACCAGGGCCACGUCUCACUAUAAGGACGGGUUUGUGCGUUACGCAUGCUUAUUGUGCGCUACGCAUGCGUCUGGGACUGGACGCAUGCGUGCCAGAACGCAUGAAGCAUGACGGGCGGGGGGGGGGGGGGGCACACGGGGGACACGCCCGGUUCCGGGCGGGGUUGAAACCCAGGAUUGGGCGUUCUUAUUCAUACAAGCACCAUAUACAAUUCUAUAAAGCACGUUACCCUCGGUAUGUGAGCAGCAUAUGUUCACACAUAAUAGCGGGCUAGGUGUCGUGAAGGUCCCGCGAGCGCGAGACCAAUUUUGAGCAUGUUCGCUCAAAUCCGCUAAGCGUGAACCCACAAGCCCUGACUACGCUUAUUUACACCCUAUGAAAGCAAUUGCACCUAUAAGCGCAGGCUCGCAGGCCUCGGCGAGCAGUGUCAUUUUUAUGGGACCGCCAACAAAGUCAGAGUUGCACCUUCCGAUGCAUCUGGGUUGCUUCCAUAUGCCAUGUAGGCGACUCUAGGAGCGGUUGCAGGUCCGUUUGGGUCCCCGCUGCUCAAGAGGUCCGCCAUGAAUUUGGUUUCAUCCAAAGGGCAGCUCGACUAGCUUUUAAGAUUGCCGUCGCCUAGAUAGAGCAUAUAUAGCAUAUAUUAGGUGCUGUAGCCCGCCGGCAAGACCAUUCGGUGGACAUGCAUACAGCAUGCUGGUCGGAACAACAACUAUCGGUGCUGCGGUCGUCAAAACAUAAUCUUGUAUGCAUAUAUGUGCUAUGUAAAGCUUCAGGGCUGUGUCAAGCCCCGUUUUCUGGGACCUCCGUCCCCAUGUACCCAGCUCAGCACACAUGCGUGCGUGCCUGCCCGGAAGUGUCCCCGUCGAGCACACCCUGGCCUCCGAUCGCGCUCGUAGCUGGUGAGCUUAUACAUAUAGAUGUAUAUAUGCGAUAGGAAGCGUGGGGGCCCGUCCUGAGGCAGUUAGCAUGGGGUCAGUCUGUUCACCCCUCCGCCCCCCCCUAAAACCGCGUGUCAAAACACACACGCUUGCCGUACGACAUUAAACCAUCCGUUACACCACCGGAAGGGUGCAAACGUGUCCGGGAGCUACU